CUCAAUGUCGGAUUUGUCAACAAAAGCGAGAAUGUUCCUCGUAUUUUUUUUUCGAGAAAAUGGCAUAAAUUCAGAAAGAACAUGAAGCGGACGACGCAACUAUAUGAUUUAUAUUGGGAAGAUAUUUUAGUGGCACGAAUACUACCGUACCUCACUAUUCAAGAAUGUUUUAAUUUUCGCUGUGUUUCAAAAACUAGCAUGCAGAUUAUAGACAUGUAUUUUUCCAAGCUGAAAUCGCUGAAGCUCAUGAAUAAAGGCUUUUCACCACACACCUUCAAUGUGUUCACUGCAACUUGUACAAGACUGAAAGACCUGAAUUUGAGUCGGUGCACGAGUGUCACGGAUGCUGAACUAAUACCAAUGCUACUCCAGAAUCAUUGCAUAGAGAAUUUAAACCUGAGUCAAUGUAAAAACGUGACUGCCAAAUGUUUACAACCAGUUAUAUUAUAUUGCAAUAAUUUACGGACUUUAAAGCUGGCUAAAUGUGCUUGGCUUACAACGGGAGCCAUGGAGGCUCUGGCUUUACACCAGAGCAAGUUGGAGAAUGUAGAUCUGUCUUAUUGUGUGUCUAUUUCUGAGAGCUGCAUCCUCAUAUUCCUAAAGAAGUUCAGAUUCCUCAAGACCCUGAGCCUGGAGGGAAACAAACAAGUGUCAGAUAAAAGUCUCUAUGCAUUGUCCAAGUAUAGCACAUCCUUGAAGCUACUCAACUUAGGUGGAUGUUCAGACAUUACGGAUAAAGGAGUCAGGGCCCUAGCGCUUCACAGCCACAAACUAGAAGGGCUGCUAAUCAGAGGGUGCACCAAAGUUACAGAAAACAGCCUGAAACACAUGCGGAACCGUGUCAACCUUGACAGGAGACCAGCAGAGCCUGUCCCUUACCAAGUUCUCAUCCAAGUGUAGCCAAAAAUACAAGUUACAAUUCAUGGGCACAUCUUUCCUACCAGUUUUACAACUAUAGUAUGAAAAAUUUAGUAGUAAUUUAAGUAGGUACAUAUUUCUAUAAAUUUUGAAUAGUAUUUUAGAAGGGCAUAAACUUUAUUUGCACCCAAAAAGCUGUCUGCUGUCUAGUCCAUUGUAUUUUUAAAUUAUACAAUUACCUUAGAUUUGGUAUUGGUAAAUGAUCUAAGGGAUUUUAAUUGUAUCCGCCUUUGAAUUUUAUUAUUCACUAAGUAUAAAUUUUAUUCAAUGUUGUUGUUAUUGUACAUAUUUGGUUUAAGAGGUAUUGACCUAAAUGUAUAUUUCAGUAGCAAUACUAACAUAAUGGUAAAUUUGGCUAGAACUUAUUUUUUUUAACAUGACUGUUGAGCUUUUGCAUAUAAUAUAAGUAUAUAACAAUUGUAACAUGUCCACAUACAACAAUAAACAAACCCCAAACUAAGCUUGUAUGUACUGUGGCGAGCCUUAAAUGAGUAGAUACAUCCAUACCUGUGGAUAUAAAUACUGGUAGCUAAAACAUCUGCCCCUCUAGGAUUACAACUGGAAAUUCUAUAGGAUGGUAUUGUAGGCUAGUAUGUUAAGCAUCAGGCCAGGAGGCCGAAUAUAAAGUGUGGGGCGCCCGAAUACUUCCUAUUUUUAAACUUGAGCACCCCACACUUUUCUUUAUAAUAUUAUGAGCUAGUUCAUCAAAGAAAUAAUUGAAGAUUGUCUAAGGGCUCACGCCCACUGUUCCCUUAUUGACAAGUAAAAAUUAUUAGAUAAGUUGUAACAACUAACAAAAUAAGUUGUAGCCUAGCCAAAAUUGACGAAAAUUUUGUCAUUCAGAAUGCAAAGGACAAGUAAUAUUUUGAACUUAUUGUAAAAAGGCUGCUAUAAGUGAGUUAAUGAUGUUUAUAUUAUAUUAGUCUUAAAUUGCUUCAAUUGGCUUGCUGUGCUUAAGUUAAUUUCGGUGUGUCUUGGUUGCUAUUGACCAUCAGCAGGGUCAUCAGUUGUUGACUUCCAUUAAAAAGUGGGCCGUAGUGGCGCGAUUCAAAUGUAGUGUUAUAAAGAAAAGUACAGCAGCUAAAUGUAUGUAUAAUACUGUAAUGUAUUAUUAAGAUUAUGUAUAGUAGGGAUUAUUUUAUUUCUCUCUAAUCAUUAUAUUUUAUUUUGAAUUAGAAUUAUGUAAAUUGUACCUACAUAUUAUAUUGUUUAUUUUAGAUAAACAAUAAAUUCAA